AUGCCUAAAGAAAGUUCAAAACAGCAAAAUGAAAUGUCUCAGUUUGUAGCUUCUACUUGGAAGAUUCACCACGCAUAUGUUCAACAUAGCGAGGAUAGUGGAUAUUGUGACGUAGCGACACAGUCUUGGAUCUACACUCUGCAGAGGAUAACAGCUGAUGACACUUACCAUGGUUUUGUUCAGCAAAACAGAGAUGAGAUGUUUGUGGUUGCUAUUGAAGUUGGCAAUGAAUGGAGCGGUUACGUUUUCGCUUUGCGACAUGCUAUCGAAAAAGGUGAUUUGCGUAUGUAUCUUCCUGGCAUAUCAUUUGGCGAUCCUUAUUUGGGAUCAAUCAAAAGUCGUUCUGUCGUGUUAUUCGACGAGAACAAAAAGUUCCAUAGCUUUGGAUUUUUUGCAGAGGAAAAAUAUGCAGAAUUAGUUGACAAACUUAAACACAACAAAUGGUAUUUCUUCACAAACUUUAUGAUGAGAUUAUCACGAAAAGAUAUAACACGGAACACAGAGAUUGAAGAUGACAAAGGUAGAAAGAUGAAAGCUAUUGACGUAAUUGGUUCUGCUAUUAAAUAUAUAAAAGACUACCUGCUUAAUAAGUUAGAACAAACAACGGACAUAUCUAAUGAAGACAUACACUGGGUUUUGAGUGUACCUGCUAUAUGGACUGAUCCCGCUAAACAAUUGAUGGAAGACGCUGCAUAUAAG